AUGUCGUUUUCCUCUCUCUCUCCGAAGGCAGAGAUGGUUCUCACCACUGUGUGUUUGCUGCUGGUAGCCACUCUCUCCUCUCUCCAUGCCUUGGAUAUUCGUAUGGUUCAUUCCUCAUCAUCAUCAUUAAUGAGAGGAAGUACUACUACAACUGGUUCAACAACUCCAAAGAAGGCUUCUGGUCGUCCGAAUAUUUCCAUCAAGAAAUUAAAUAUUAUUCCUCAUUCCUUGUCUGUGAGUGGAUUGAGCUCGGGAGGUUUUAUGGCCGUUCAAUUUCAAUUUGCGUACAGUUCAAGUAUUGUAGGAGCAGGAAUCUUUGCAGGUGGACCAUACUAUUGUUCCCAAGGACAACUUGCCAAUGCUUUUGACCAAUGCAUGUAUGCUGCUCUUCCCAUUGAUUUGAACGCUUUGCAACAAGUAUUACAAGAUUAUGAGAGUUCAGGAAAAGUCGAUCGUCUUUCCAAUGUCAAAACGCACAAAGUGUUCUUGUUCAGUGGUACUGCAGACAAUACUGUGAACACUGCUGUCAUGAAGGCACUCUAUCAACAAUAUCAACAAUUUGGAGUGCCAUCUUCAAAUAUUAACGUAACAUUUAAUGUUCCUGCUGGUCAUGCAUGGAUUACCAAUGACUAUGGAAAUGAUUGUUCUGCCACUCAAAGUCCUUGGAUUAACAAUUGCAACCUUCGUGGAGCCUUACGUGUAUUACAAACCAUUUAUUCCAACAAUAUUACCGAUAGUACCCAAGCUGUCGAUCGAAAUUUAUUCACCUAUGAUCAAUCUGGAUCCUUCGCAGGCACCGAUAUGGAUGAGCAUGGAUACAUAUAUAUUCCAACAGCUUGUCAACAAAAUGCUGCAUGCAAGAUUCAUGUUGCAUUCCAUGGCUGCGAACAAGGCGUUUCCUAUGUACAAGAACAAUUUGUUCAAUACACUGGAUUGAACGCCAUUGCUGAAAAGAAUAAUAUUAUUGUGGUUUAUCCUCAAGUAACUUCUGGUGGAUUUGAGAAUAUUAAUGGUUGUUGGGAUUGGUUUGGUUAUAGUGGCCCUCAAUACGCAAACAAAAGAGGAUCUCAGAUGAAUGCAGUUGCCAAUGUUAUUCAAGCUCUUGGCUCAGAUAUUGUUGUUUAA